AUGUUAAAGAAUUUACUUGACAGUGCUGAGCUUGAGUUGGGAUAUGAGACAGAAGAAGAAGAAGUAGAUAAAGAAGAGGUAGAUGACUCUGAAAUUGACUGGGACAGUUUCUCUGCCACGUCCAUUGAGACCAAGGCAGAAGACAAUCGGAUCGAAGUGAUACCGGACUUUGUCAUGGCACGUUUGAUUGUUGCUCAACUCAAGCCAACUGAAACUGAAGACAACACACAAUCACAUGCUGGUCCUCCUGAAGUAGACUCCAAGCGAGAAAUUGCCACCCAACAAGAAGCUGAUCCAGAUCUGGAGGCCAAGACUCCCCAUCUUGCAGGAGCACAUAUUCUGUAUGAUGGCAGGCUGCUUAUGCAACGGACAAUCUUCCUGAUGGAGGAGGACAAGAGAGGCCCUUCUCGCAAGAACUACCACCCAAGUCAUAGACAAGAACUUGCGCACGAAUGUGACAACUAUCUCAGGCAAGCAGAGAAGAAGCUUCUUCUUUACAUGUUCAUCUACUUCUAUUUGGUUGAUGACCAUGCAGUGAGCAUGGUGUGCCGUUCAGUUUCUGGUGCUUUCUGGCAUUGGACGGAGUUCCACCGCAGCAAAAUCCCACUUCAUUCCUUCCCCACCACCAAUGCUGCACUCUCAGUGGCAAGCAUCCUAUCGGAGAAGAAGAAGUAUCAGAACUUUUGUGCAAAAUGGGAUGACCAGCCUGUGUUUGAGGUGGGGACAAAGGAGUCAGAUGCUGCACUAACAGGGAUGAUGAAGAUUGUGUUCACUAACAUCAAGAAGUAUUCUCCAAGGAAGCGGGAGGGUGCAACACUUCUUUACUAG